AUGAUUUAUUCAAAUAAAACAUCACACACGUUCUUCUUUUUCCUGUUUAUUAAUGUGUUAGUCCAACCAAUCACAGUUGCCGUUGAUAGUAAUAUCAUUGCGCGUUUAUAUGACAUUUUCAAGUCAAUUCCAUUUUAUUUGUUAUCCACAAUGACACCCGAAACCCUAAAAGGUAUUCCUCCACUGAACUCAAAAUUCAUAAAAUCGCUUGUGUUACAACCGAUUGUUCUUUCUAUUUCACUCAAUUUGCAACCAAAUCAAUUGGUCUUCAGUUCAUAUAAUGCAGCAACAGCAUUUUUAUAUGCAUUCGGUUCUUUAUUAGUAAACAUCAGAAAAUCUUCAAUUAAAUUGAACACCUCAAUUGCAAAGAAUAUUAACAGCGACACUGUUGAUAUCAAUAUCGACAAUAUUAAGGGCUCAUUAAAACAUGUUUUCAUCGAACUACAAGCAAAUCACGAACCAAGCCAUCAUCUUCUUUGCAAAUUCUUCGUUUGGGGAAACCCUCAAGGGCUACCGAAAGACAUCUCAACAUGA